AUGGGCAAGCUCUUGGUGAUAACGUUAGUUUGUAUUUUCAUGGCUUUCCAAAGCUUGGAAGCUCUUGACUAUGGAGACGCACUAAACAAGUCCAUCUUGUUCUUUGAAGGCCAACGAUCUGGUAAACUCCCGGUUAACCAACGGGUUAAAUGGCGAGCCAAUUCUGCGCUCUCAGACGGCAAAACAGAUAACGUGAAUUUGAUUGGAGGGUACUAUGAUGCAGGUGACAACGUUAAAUUUGUGUGGCCAAUGUCAUUUACAACAACGUUAUUGAGUUGGGCUGCAAUUGAAUACUCAAAUGAGAUUUCCUCCGUUAAACAACUCGGUUAUCUCCGGUCUGCUAUCAAAUGGGGAACCGAUUUUAUCCUCCGUGCUCAUACUUCGCCCACUACAUUAUAUACACAGGUGGGAGAUGGAAACUCAGAUCAUAGGUGCUGGGAGAGGCCAGAAGAUAUGGACACACCUAGAACUCUCCUCAAGAUCUCCUCCUCUUCCCCUGGAUCCGAAGCCGCUGGAGAAGCUGCAGCCGCUCUUGCCUCGGCCGCACUUGUUUUCAAAUCCGUCAACUCUAAUUAUUCAUCCAAGCUACUACACCAUGCAAAAUCAUUAUUUGAAUUUGCUGACAAGUACAGAGGUUCUUACCAAGCAUCUGGCCCCUUCUACUGCUCAUACUCAGGUUACCAGGACGAAUUAUUAUGGGCUGCGGUGUGGCUAUACAAAGCAACAGGAGAAAAGAAGUACAUAAGUUAUGUUAUAAGCAAUCAAGGUUGGAGCCAAACCGUUAAUGAAUUCAGCUGGGACAAUAAAUUCGCCGGAGCUCAGGCUUUACUCGCAUCGGAGUUUCACAAUGGGAGAAAUGAUUUGGGAAAGUUUAAGAACGAUGUUGAGUCAUUUGUAUGUGCAUUGAUGCCAGGAAGUAGCUCUCAACAAAUUAAACCAACUCCUGGUAAUUUCCCCCGGUUCACUAUAUAA